AUCUCCACUCAAAUAAAUACCCAAGUCCACCCUCACUCCGUCACUCCUUCAGUGUUCAUUCAUAUCUUCAACCCUCUUAGUUCUUUCAAAUCGUUCCAUUUCUUCCAAAAUGGCCAAAGACCCAGUUCGUGUUCUUGUCACAGGCGCAGCAGGACAAAUUGGAUAUGCUCUUGUCCCUAUGAUUGCUAGAGGAGUGAUGUUGGGUCCUGACCAGCCUGUGAUCCUCCACAUGCUUGAUAUUCCUCCAGCAGCAGAAUCAUUGAAUGGGGUUAAAAUGGAAUUGGUGGAUGCUGCAUUCCCUCUUCUUAAAGGUGUUGUUGCAACAACUGAUGUGGUUGAGGCAUGCACUGGUGUCAAUAUUGCCGUGAUGGUUGGUGGAUUCCCAAGAAAAGAAGGUAUGGAGAGGAAAGAUGUGAUGUCUAAGAAUGUCUCAAUUUACAAGUCUCAGGCUUCUGCCCUUGAAAAACAUGCUGCUGCAAACUGCAAGGUUCUGGUUGUUGCUAACCCAGCAAACACCAAUGCAUUGAUCUUGAAGGAAUUCGCCCCAUCAAUUCCAGAGAAAAACAUUUCUUGUUUGACUAGAUUGGAUCACAACAGGGCCCUGGGGCAAAUUUCUGAAAGACUUGGUGUUCAGGUUUCUGAAGUGAAGAAUGUCAUAAUCUGGGGUAAUCACUCAUCCACUCAGUAUCCCGAUGUUAACCAUGCAACUGUUACAACCCCAGCUGGGGACAAAUCAGUCCGUGAACUUGUUGCUGAUGAUGCCUGGUUGAAUGGGGAGUUCAUUACAACUGUUCAACAACGUGGUGCUGCAAUUAUCAAGGCUAGAAAGCUUUCAAGUGCACUAUCAGCUGCUAGUGCUGCUUGUGACCAUAUUAGAGAUUGGGUUCUUGGAACUCUUCAGGGCACCUGGGUGUCAAUGGGAGUAUAUUCCGAUGGUUCGUACAAUGUUCCAGCUGGACUGAUCUAUUCAUUCCCUGUCACUUGUGCCAAUGGGGAAUGGACAAUUGUCCAAGGACUUCCAAUUGACGAGUACUCAAGGAAGAAGUUGGACUUGACAGGAGAAGAGCUUUCUGAGGAGAAGGCAUUGGCUUACUCAUGCCUCUCUUAGACACAUUGACCAUGUUUUUGCGUAUAGAAGUGUAGCUUCAAUUUUGAAUAAUUCUCCAAGACAGAACAAAGGAAGUAUGAGUGCAGAGAGUGUGCUUUUCAUUGGCAUUACUUGUUGUUUUGCAACAUCUAAUCCUUUUAGGAGGAUAUUUGAGUUUAACAGUUUUAGUCAUGGUAUUUAAUAUAUCAUGAGCCGCAUAUUUAGUUGGAUUAUGUGCUUUAAUGGCUUCAACUUUUUGGUGUGUUGUGGUGGCUUUAUAUGUUGGAUGCACUAGCGUGCAGACGCAUACCUCAGCUCUUGUGCAAUAACGUCAUCAUCGAUGCUUUUUACC